AUGACAUCCGACGCUUCACCCGUGAUCUCUCUACUUCAAAGCCUUCACAAGGAGCAUGGGCCAGAGAUCCCCCAGAUUUUGCCUGCGGCCUCCAAGGCCUUGACUCCUUUUCUACAAGCACAUGCGCAAGACAUCAAAUCAGUCAGGGUCGCCACGCACCAGUACGGAGCACAUGCUCGACAAGAAGUCGACUGGUAUACUUGCGAGACUGCUCGACACGAUGCUCCAAUCCCUCUUCUCGUCUUCCUCCAUGGCGGAGGCUUGACUCGUGGUGACAAGAACGAGCCCAUGCCUCCAGGUGGCCUCGUGUACGCGAACUUGGGCCGUUUCUUCACCUCAAAGGGGUUUCACGUUCUCAUUCCAAACUAUCGCCGCGUCAACUCAAUCGACCCCAAGACUGGCGCCGCGAUUGCAGAAAACGAGAAUGCUACAUUCCCCACGGGCGGAAAGGAUUUGGCCCAACUUCUUAAGUUUGUCGAUACGCAUCUCCCGUUCGCUGCGCCUGGGCAAAAGGUGAAAGUGCAUAUCAUAGGAUGCUCUGCCGGUGGAGUCCAUCUCGGGACUUAUCUAUUCCAUCCUCCACUGUUCCCUGACACAAUUCAUGCUGGAGGUUACGAGAAUCUUGACAUAUCGACCGGCAUCUUUCUGAACACGCCUUUUCAUUUCAACGGUGCCGCUCCUUCGCGAAAGCCUGUCUUGGACGCAUAUCACCCUCCCAAGACUUACCCGGCGGACAAGUUCUCUCCGUAUGGCCUUCUCGCACGAUUUGACAUACCGGAUCCAGAGAAUGCGCACAAAGGUCCACAGAUAAUUAUCAUCACUGCUGAAUACGAUCCUCAAGAGAUACUGAAGCCGGCUGAGGAUUUCAUCAAGCUCGUACAAGGGAAGGCAGGUUUCGUGAGUGAGGUUAUCAGACUUCCCUCACAUAACCACAUCAGCCCUCCCAUGACUCUAGCGGUGGGGGACAGCGAGGGGGAGAAAUGGGGUAGUGAAUUGGCACAGAAGCUGAAAGCUAGACUGUAG